UCCAUCCUUUUAGAUUCCCAGCAGAGCACAGCACUUCAACUACAUUCAUCCCAGGCAUCCUCAAAACACCCCAGUGGAAAGCAAGCUGGGAAGGUGAAAAGCAAGUGGACAGAUGAUGAAGUGAAGGCUGUUGAGCAGCACAUGUUGCAUUUCAUAACAAGCUGCAAAGUACCAGGAGUUUGUCGCCGCUGUGCUGAACAGUGUGUUUGAAGCUGGAUUCUGCAGCAACCAGGCCUCAGUCAAGUACCUGAUGGAGUGGAUGAUGAUUCUGAUUCUCGUCCGCUAUCCACAACACAUGGACAGCUUUUGGGGCUGCUUCAACAGGGAUCAUGACAAGACCAAAACAAGCAUCUGCACCUUCCUGUCAGUCCUGGUACAUUUCAAUGUCAUCAUUCCUAAUCUGAAGGAUAAGGCUGUGCAUUUGCGUAAAGCGCUGGACAUCAUCCUGCAGUGGUGUUUCAACCAUAACUUCAGCGUGCGUCUGUAUGCCUUACUGGCCCUGAAGAGGGUGUGGAGCUUGGCUGGAGACAGGGCAGAGGACGGUGCUGAUGGGUUGGGAGGGCUGUCCACUGUGAUCAAGGCCUGUCUGAACCAGGCUGAGGCCAUGCAGAGCACUGGAAAUGCCAACAAGAACUGGACGAGGAUUCAGGAGCACUUCUUCUUUGGUGCCUUUCACCCUAUCAGGGAUUACAGUGUUGAGACUAUAUUCUAUACUUUCCCCAGUCUGUCAGAGUUGGCCGAUGAUGAGUGGAUUCCACCCUGGAAGUUUGAGAAAUUGCCAUGUUUCUCUGAGAGUCCAUCUUUUCCUCUGAGAAAUCCUGCUCCUGACCUGAGCCAGCUCCAGCCUGGAGACUGGAUCCAGCAGGACAAAGGCGAGCAGAAUAAGGAGGAGCGCUGGGCAGAGGUGCAGAAGAAGAUCACUCCCUGGAGGUUGGGGAUCCAGGAGCAGGAGCCCGAACUUCAGCUGGUUCCUCAGCAGAGGGCUGCUCGACUGGGCAAACUGCAUGGCGCCCUGCUGGUGGUAGCCUCACUCAUCGACAAGCCCACCAAUCUAGGAGGUCUGUGCAGGACUUGUGAGAUCUUUGGUGCCAGCGCUCUGGUUCUAGACAGCCUCCGCCACGUCAGUGACAAACACUUUCAGUCCCUGAGCGUCUCGUCUGAGCUGUGGCUUCCUCUCUUAGAGGUGAAGCCAUUGGAGCUCGCUGACUUCCUGCAGGUAAAGAAGAGUGAAGGGUACUGUAUUGUUGGAGUGGAACAGACGGCCAACAGUCAGAGCCUGCAGGAUUACCAGUUCCCUGAGAAGACCCUGCUACUUCUGGGCAAUGAACGAGAGGGUAUCCCCGCCAACUUGCUCCAGAUGUUUGAUGUGUGUGUGGAAAUCCCUCAACAAGGGGUCACCCGGUCACUCAACGUGCAUGUGAGCGCUGCCCUGCUGAUUUGGGAAUAUACCCGGCAACAUCUCACCUCUGGCUCAGCUGAAGGCAACUCCAAAUCUGAAAAGUGAGGAAGAAACCGGCAGUGCAGCCCCAUGGAUGUGACAUCUGACCUCUCUCGGUCCUCUCUGGUGUGAAAAGCAUCUCUGGGCACAUGAGGACGCUCCUUACAGUUCAUGCCAGGACCUUGAGGAUUUUUAUGUUCUGUCUGAGGACUCCAUCCUUUGAGGUUUUAAUGUGGUCAGCAGUCAUCAUCGCUGCUCUUGUGCCUUAAUGAGAGUCAUGAAUAGAGAGAGACUCUGGUUAUUACAUCUAAAUAUUCCACUGGGCAUGCUGUUAUAUUAAUGGAGGCAAUCUCUGUGUUGGCAGAGCAGGUGCAUUAAUGGAGAAUUUCCCCUUUGAGGGGGAAGUGUCUUGUUUAUCUGAGCAAUUAGAUUUUUCCUCAUGGCACCAGGACUGGACUAUCAAUAUCCAGGAAACUAUUAUACAUAAUGUAUAAAUUCUGAUUUUGUUAUGACAUAAUUCUCUGUGUUGUUAAUGUUAUAUUGCAGUUCAGGAUUUUAAAUUAACUUU